UUUAGUGGAUACCCAACAACCAUGACUCCCAUUUGGGCCGUAGUAACGUACCUCCUUCUCAAUGGAAUUGCAGAAGGGAGAAAGGGCUUUGGUCCAGGCGAGCAGGACUGGGGAUUCGUCAAGGUGCGACCUGGUGCGCACAUGUUCUGGUGGUUGUACUACGUAACACCGCCAUCGGGAGAAAAAGUGAAUGUUUACGAAAGGCCCCUGGUAAUUUGGUUGCAGGGGGGCCCAGGUGCAUCAUCGACUGGGUAUGGGAAUUUUGAGGAGCUCGGACCCAUCGAUAUCGAGGGAAAUAAACGUAAUUACACUUGGGUCAAUGAUUACAAUGUUAUGUUCAUUGACAAUCCUGUAGGAUCUGGAUUCAGUUAUGCUGAGACUAGCUCGGCAUUUGUAACUACCAACAGACAAAUCGCCGAUGAUCUUCUCAAGUGCAUGCAGGCGUUCCUCGAUAAAUUCCCAGGCUUUCGCAAAGUUCCUACUUAUGUUGUUGCUGAGUCUUAUGGUGGCAAGAUGGCUGCUGAGUUGGGAUUUCUCUGGUAUAAUGCGCAAAAGAACGGAUCGAUCAGCAGUAACUUGAAAGGUGUUGCUCUCGGUGACUCCUGGAUUUCACCGAUGGACUCGGUCUUCUCGUGGGCACCAUUUCUACUCUCAACCGGAAUGAUUGACAGAGGUGGUGUCAGAGCCAUUGAGAAAGCAGCUACGGAGACCCAGAAAGCAGUGGACGAGGGACGUUGGAGGGACGCUACUAAUCUCUGGAGUGAAACAGAAGGUGUAAUCAUGCUUGUCACCGGGGGAAUUGAUUUUUACAAUAUUCUUGAGAAGCGACUCGCCCUAGCUCCCAAUUCCAGAUUUUUCCCUGGCAUCCAUCCAAGGGUGGAUCGGGAUGAAAUUCUCAAUCGAUUGAUGAAUAAUGAGGUCCGAGAGGCUUUAGGACUCAAUAAUUCUUGGGGACAGCAGAGCUCUCAAGUCUUCCAGACUCUCGCUGGAGAUUUCAUGAAGCCUGUUAUUAACAUUGUUCAACAAUUGAGAAAUGAGACGAAUCUAGAGGUGUUCGUCUUCAGCGGGCAAUUGGAUUUGAUUGUUGCAACCCUGGGAACCGUUGAAUGGGUGGAACGAAUGCUCGAAAAUACCGAGGGAUGGAGAACAGCCCUGAGAAAACCACUGGUCAUUGGCAAGGUCAUAGAGGGCUACCUUAAGGAAUACAAGAAUUUCAAAAUGUACUGGAUCAACAGAGCUGGGCACAUGGUACCGCGGGAUAAUCCAUCUGCAACUGCCGCCAUGCUCAAACACUUGACUACUCCAAAAUGAUGAACUUAUUAUUAUAUAUUUAAAUUAAGAAUAUAAUUCAUAAUUUUCCGGCUGACCUAAUUGUGGAUCAGAUGUUUGAAUAUUUAUUGGACUCACGUCUUCUAUUCCUUCACAAAAAAAUAUACACUUAUCAGUUCAUAAAAUAAAAUAAUGUUGGCAUACGCCUGAUUAUUCUAUAUUUAAUAAAUUAUCUAAAUUGCUAAACAAAUUGUCUUCAUUUCUCAUUAGAGAAAUAUUCAAUAGCUCGUUGUUCAGUUGCUCCAUAGAGAUACAAAUAUGCCUUCUGCUCUUUUUCAAUUCAUUCCGUCGAAAGUGAAAAUAACGCUUUGACAAUUACUACAGUCAUAACUUCACUGGUGUCAAAAUUUAACGAUGGCGUCUCGGUGCAAACCACAGACUUGUUAAGUGUUUAGUACAUAGCAAAAGAAAAAUGCUUUAUCCUGUUUGCACAAUAAGCCGCCUCUGGUAAACAGUAAUAAACUGUCGGCUUGACUUCUGGUCAUGAAUUCGAAUAUGUGCAUCAUGGAUUUAUGUAUUUCGUUACGUCUGGGAAGGCAGUUUUAAGUGUUUUUCUUAACAUUCGAGGCCCCGAGGUGUCAGAUCAAGGCCGUUGAAUAACAAAAGAAUGAGGAACACGUAAGUGGGGUCAAAGUUACAUAGCACACGCUCGAAA